GAAGCUGGUUACGAAUCACAACAUGUGAUGUGUGUCUCUCUGUUUGUCAAUGUAUCAGGGGGGGAGGGCAUAUUGCAGACCUGUGUCAUGGUUGGUUGAUCAACGUCCCCCCCUCCCUCACCGUUAUAAACUUGGCUCAGAGUCCGGGGGAAUGUGAUUUUAGAUGUCGGUUUGCUGAGCUUCUGUCGAGCCACGGAAAGUUGUGCUUCACUCGAAGGGACCUUUUUCCUUCAGCAUGUCCCUGUUCACCCACAUACUGGCCUGCCUGCUGGGCAUGGGCUCCUGGGUGUCCAUCAACGGUCUGUGGGUGGAGCUGCCCCUGCUGGUGCCCCAGAUCCCCGAGGGUUGGUACCUGCCCUCCUACCUGUCGGUGCUCAUCCAGAUGGCCAACGUGGGGCCCCUCUUCGUCACCCUCAUGCACCGCUUCCAGCCGGGGAAGCUCAACGAGACGGCCGUCAUCUACUUCAUCAUCGGCCUGGGCGCCGUGGCCUCCCUCCUGCUGGCCCUCUUCUGGAAGGAGACCACGGUGGUGGCGGGCGCCCCGCGCAGCGUGGCUCUGCUGGUGCUCACCUUCUUCCUGUCCACCGUGGACUGCACCUCCUCCGUCACCUUCCUGCCCUUCAUGAUGCGCCUCAAGCCGCAGUACCUCACCACGUACUACAUCGGUGAGGGCCUGAGCGGCUUGCUGCCGGCACUGGUGGCCCUGGUGCAGGGGGUCGGGGUUGUGGACUGCGUCAACGUCACCGCCGCCGCGUGGGCGCCCAACCGCACCGCCGCCGCCGCCGCCGCCACCGAGCUGGAGGCCCGGUAUCAGCCGGCCAACUUCUCGCCGGAGGUUUUCUUCUACUUCCUGAGCGCCAUGAUGCUGGUGUGCCUGGCGGCGUUCCUGCUCCUCAACCACCACCCGGCCGUGGCCCGGGAACGCCGCAACGGCGACUACACAAAUGGCGUCAAGGCCACCCACGGCCGGUCACAGGCUUCCGAGAGGGGCGCCGUGAGGACGGAUCCGUUCAGAGUGGUCAACGCUGAGCCCAGGAGCGGCUUCGGCACGGGGGCCUACAGCGCGAGGGAGGUGCUGUACAUCUUUGGCAUCCUUGCGUGGGUCAACGCCCUGACCAACGUGGUGGUGCCGUCCGUGCAGUCCUACUCGUGCCUGCCCUACGGGAACAGAGCCUAUCACCUGUCCGCCACCACGGCCGCCGUGGCCAACCCGCUGGCCUGCUUCAUCGCCGUUUUCAUCCCGAUAAGGUCGCUGCUGUCGAUGGGAGUGCUUACGUGUUUGGGCACCGGUGUUGCAGCGUACAUCGUGAGCAUGGCUGCACUGAGUCCCUGUCCGCUGCUGGUCCACGACACCUCGGGAGUGGUCCUCAUCGUGUGUGCCUGGAUUGUUUUUGUUCUCACUCUGUCCUAUGUAAAAGUGAUCAUUGGGGUGAUCCUGCGCGACGAAGGACACAGCGCCCUCGUGUGGUGCGGCGCUGUAGUGCAGUUGGGUUCCUUGUUAGGGGCCGUCACAAUGUUUCCUUUAGUCAGCGUGUAUAGCUUAUUUUCUUCUGGGGACCCAUGCAAUUCAAAAUGCCCGUGAUUAAAGGAAUUUAUUGUGGAAAACCCAGCCAACAGCAAUGGAAACCACACAUGUUGGAAUGAAUGGCCAUUGGCCUACUAAGCCUAAGGCUAUAUAAAAUGUCAAGACCCCUCGGUCUGGUCAGCAGACUAAUAUUUGACUACAGGCAGAGAGGGGCAUAUCAGUGGCUAAAUGAAACUAAA